AUGAAGUUCUUCCAUCUUCUGAUCUCCGUCGGUUGCCUGGUUGUCCAGGUGGCAUCAUACACUGUCAACCAACAGGCCGGAGUUCCACAUCAUAAAUUGAAUGAAACACGAAGUGCUCCGGUAAACAACCACACGAACGCUGUAUCUGCUAGCUUUGCCGGUAGAAACGGUCUAAAUUUCACGAUCGAUGGCCAGGCGAACUAUUUCGCCGGUACGAACAGUUACUGGAUCGGAUUUCUUACCAACAACACUGACGUUGAUCUUGUACUUGAUCACCUACAGCACUCUGGGGUCCGCAUCCUUCGCAUCUGGGGCUUCAACGAUGUGAACACGAAGCCUGCCCCGGGAAAGGUGUAUUUCCAGCUGCUUCAGAAUGGAAAUGCGACUAUCAACACUGGACCUGACGGCUUGCAACGUCUCGACUAUGUUGUUGCUGCCGCUGAAAAACGGGGUAUCAAGCUUAUCAUCAACUUUGUCAACAACUGGUCUGACUAUGGCGGCUUCAACGCGUACGCUACUGCGUUCGGUGGUAACAGUACGAGCUGGUAUACCAGUCCAUUGAUUCAGAAGACUUAUCGCAAGUAUGUUCAAGCUGUUGUCUCAAGAUAUAGCCAUUCUUCGGCAAUUUUCGGUUGGGAGUUGGCCAAUGAGCCUCGCUGCAAUGGUUGUGACACUUCGGUGAUUUAUAAUUGGGCUGCCUCUACCAGUGCGUUCAUUAAGAAGAUUGAUGCGCAGCAUAUGGUUGGUAUUGGAGAUGAGGGCUUUGGUUUAGAUGUCGACUCAGAUGGGAGCUACCCCUAUACAUACGCCGAGGGUCUUGACUUUGCGAAGAAUCUGAAAAUAGACACCAUCGAUUUUGGAACCUUGCAUCUAUAUCCUUCGACUUGGGGUGUUGCCAAUGCCUUUGGAAAUGGAUGGAUCACGGCUCAUGGAAAAGCCUGCGCAGCAGCACAUAAGCCAUGUAUUGUGGAGGAAUAUGGAGUGACCUCCGACAAAUGCAACAUCGAAGGUCAAUGGCAGCGAACUGCGCUUGACACUGAAGGGAUUAGCGCGGACCUCUACUGGCAAUGUGGAGAGAGACUGAGCACAGGCAAUUCGCCCAAUGAUGACUUCACUAUCUAUUAUGGCUCGGAUGACUUCAAAUGCUUGAUCACUGACCAUAUUACAGAAAUUGGAGUAUAG